UUCCAAAACAUAAUAUAUAUAGGGUUUAGCAUUGAUCACUAGGUGACUUGUUAUUUCUAAUAGCAUUGCAUACUACUACAAAUAGAAUGGCAUCACAUGGGUAUUUCUCUGUUCUUGUCCAUGCCUUUGUGUUUGCAAGUCUUGCAACCUCAGCUUUCUCACAACUGUCACCUAAUUACUAUGAUUAUGCGUGCCCUAAUGCUUUGAGCACAAUCAAAAGUGUCGUAGAGGCUGCGGUGCAGAAAGAGUACCGUAUGGGGGCUUCUUUGCUACGCUUGCACUUCCAUGAUUGUUUUGUUAACGGUUGUGAUGGUUCAAUUCUACUAGACCCUUCACCCACCAUUGACAGCGAAAAGAAUGCAUUUGCUAAUUUUCAGUCUGUUAGAGGAUUUGAAGUGGUUGAUGACAUCAAGCAAGCUGUGGACGAAGCAUGUGGAACACCAGUUGUUUCUUGCGCAGAUAUAUUGGCUGUUGUCGCUCGUGACUCCGUGGUUGCGUUAGGUGGGCCAACAUGGGAGGUGCAACUGGGGAGAAGAGACUCCACCACAGCAAGCAAAGAAGCAGCAGAUGCAAACAUUCCAGCACCAUUUUUCAGCCUCUCUCAACUUAUCACCAACUUCAAGAACCAUGGUCUUGAUGAGAAGGACCUUGUUGUUCUUUCUGGAGGCCACACAAUUGGAUAUGCACGUUGUGUUACAUUUAAGGACCAUAUUUACAAUGACUCAAACAUUGAUCCCAACUUUGCACAAUACCUUAAGUACAUUUGCCCAAGAAAUGGUGGUGACCUCAACCUUGCUCCUUUGGACUCAACAGCAGCGAACUUUGACCUAAACUAUUACUCUAAUUUGGUUCAAAAGAAUGGCCUUCUUCACUCUGAUCAGGAACUGUUUAAUGGUGGUUCUACUGAUGAACUGGUUAAACAGUACAGCUACGAUACCGAAGCUUUCUAUGUGGAGUUCGCGAAUUCGAUGGUUAAAAUGGGAAAUAUUCAGCCCCUUACUGGGGAUCAAGGUGAAAUUCGUGUUAGCUGUAGGAAAGUGAACAACUAUUGAAGGAAAAUAAGUUGUGAUUAGUAGAAAUCUGGAGGCUAAAAAUCGUUGUGCAUUUGUAUUUGUGAUAAUUUAGUAUACGUGUUUAAGCCCUGCUUUGAUUGUGAGAUUAUCUGUAAGCGUGGAUAAACCAUUGUAAAGUUUAUGGAAUUAAUAUGUUUAAAAAUGGGAUUCUUAAUUUUGGAAGAUACGCUAUAUGUUUUUCGCCAA